AUGUGCCACAGUCUUUAUUCAGCUUUACAAACCACACUUAUCUGACACACUUUACUUGCUCCAGAAACCCUUCACUCUUCAGCAGACUCAUCAUGGUGUCAUUGGGACGACAGAUGCUGGGCUUUGCCCUGGCAGUCAUCGGCUUCCUGGGGACGAUCAUCGUGUGCGCCCUCCCCAUGUGGAAGGUCACGGCCUUUAUUGGAGCCAACAUUGUGACAGCGCAGGUCAUCUGGGAAGGCUUAUGGAUGAACUGUGUCACGCAGAGCACGGGCCAGAUGCAGUGCAAGAUCUACGACUCUCUCCUGGCUCUACCUCAGGACCUCCAGGCCGCCAGGGCUCUCGUGGUCAUCGCCAUUAUCGUCUCGGCCUUCGGCGUCAUCGUGGGCAUUGCCGGUGGCAAGUGCACCAACUUUGUGGAGAACCAGAACGCCAAAGCCAAGGUGGCCAUCGCCGCAGGGAUUAUCUUUAUUUGCGCUGGUGUUCUCAUCCUCAUCCCUGUGUGCUGGUCUGCCAACACCAUCAUCAGGGAUUUCUACAACCCAAUCAUGACCAACACGCACAGAGAGACUCAGAGGACAAUGGCUUCCAUGGGCAUGCAGAUGGCCGGCUGUGCUCUGGCCCUUUUGGGCUGGAUUGGGGUGAUCGUCGUCUGUGGCGCGCCCAUGUGGAGGGUCUCCGCUUUCAUCGGCAACAACAUAGUGACAUCACAGAUCAUAUGGGAGGGCAUCUGGAUGAACUGCGUGGUUCAGAGCACAGGCCAGAUGCAGUGUAAGGUGUACGACUCCAUGUUGGCUCUGAGCGCAGACCUGCAGGCGGCUCGAGCCCUCACUGUGGUUUCCAUCAUCACGGGCAUCGUGGGGCUCCUCAUCGCUUUCGCUGGUGGGAAGUGCACCAACUUCAUCGCAGAGGAGAGGGCCAAGGCGAGGGCCUCAGUGGCGGCCGGCGUGGUGCUGAUCAUCAGUGGGCUCCUCUGCCUCAUCCCAGUUUGCUGGACUGCCGGCUCCAUCAUCAGGAACUUUUACAGCCCUCUGCUUAUAGACGCACAGAAGAGGGAGCUCGGGGCCUCGCUGUACAUCGGCUGGGGAGCCGGGGCCCUGCUGCUCCUGGGAGGGGGGCUCCUGUGUGCCACCUGUCCCCCCAAAGAAGACCAUCCCCCAUCUGUGAACUACCUCCUCAACAAGUCAACCAAUAAAGACACUUCGUUCCGAUCCUUGACACCAACAAAGACAUACAUUUGAAGAUGAGCAUCUGUGCUUGUACUCAAGAAACUUGGAGUUUAAUGAAGGAUUUUUUUUAAGCUUUUCAUUAGCUGCUGAAAAGCCUGAAGAAAAAGGACAAUUCAUGAUGAAGGAAUGUGCGUUUGAAUUUAAGAGACUUUAAAGCUGAACAUGACCCUUGGUAAUGAACGUCCACUGUGCAUACAGGUAUCGUUUAAAGUGUGUUUAAACUGUGUUUGAAAUGUUUGGGAAAUUAUAAAACUUUGUGAGGUUUUUUUUCUUUUGAAUUUGUGUCUGUAUUUUUCACAUUAAAUAACUUUCUUUGUUAGUUAGUUUCCACUGUGUUUCUGUCUUCAUGAUGAUACUUAUUCUGAUUAUGUGGUUAUUAAAAGCAAACCGAGAGUAGUAUGAGAACCCGUUUGGCAGGUAUUUACCCGAGAUCACCGCACAGGAAACAAACAGUGAGUCACAGACUUACAUGCCUACUGUUGGCUGAGGUGUUUAGUUAGUAAAGCUUUAUAUACUUUUAAAUGUUUUCAUUUGUUUUUGAAAGAAACUAUAACCUGACACUCCUGAUGUGAGACCACUGACCUCAUGGGAGUGCUAUGUUAUCAGCUUCUAUAUCAAAGAUAAAAAAGGGAGUCAAAUAACUCAGGCGUCACAGAAUGAGUCAGAAGAGCUGACGAUGUUUAAAAAAAGAAAC